AUGGAUGGGCUUCAUGGAAAAAAUGUCCCGAGGGCAAUGUUUGUAGAUCUCGAGCCUAUUGUGAUCGAUGAGGUUCGCACUGGAGCUUAUCGCCAACUCUUCCACCCUGAACAGCUCAUCAGCGGGAAGGAGGAUGCUGCCAAUAACUUUGCUAGAGGACACUACACCAUUGGCAAGGAAAUUGUUGAUCUGUAUCUUGACAGACUUGCUGAUAAUUGCACUAGGCUUCAAGGAUUCUUGGUAUUCCAUGCUGUUGAUGGUGGUACCGAAUCUGGGCUUGGAUCAUUGUUGCUUGAAAGGCUUUCGGUUAAGUCGUUGACUAUGGUAAAAAAUCGAAGUUGGGUUUCACCAUUUAGGUAUUUCUAG